AAAGGAGAAAAAUCCUAACCAUGCCUAAAUAUACUACCGACUACCUAUACAACGAAUUCAGCGGACUAGCUGGUAUGCGAACUGAUUCAAAAUAUGCUAACGAUGCUGGAUUUGAGAAAUUGGAAAGCCUAGAUGGAGAAAAAAUCAAAGCCGAAUUAAACAAAUGCACCAGCCAAGGAGAAUACGAAUCCAAAAAAGCUGAUUAUAUUCGCAAAGCAAAUGAAAUCUCUUCGGGAUUACGAGCCAGAACAGGUCAUUCCAGCUCCAUGUUUGGUGUCUGUAUCAUUUGGGCCGACCAAGCCAUGAGUCCUUAUAUCGAGAAUAAAAUGCAAGAUGGUCGAAGAAUGUUGGAAAAUUUAAAGAGUCAAUUAGGAAUGGAAAAGUAUCAACACAUUGAGGAGUUAAGGAUUUUAAAACUCGAACAAAAGAAAAUUGAAGCCAGAAUGCAAGAAAAUAAACGCAAAGCAAUGAACGAAAAAGACCCCACUAAACGCGCAAAGUUUUUACAAUUAAUUGACGAGGACAGCAAAAAAUUAGAAGAAAAUCUAAGAAAACAAAAUGCAAUUCCUACUUCUCCAAUAAAAUUUAAUGCUUCAAAGUAUGUUUCAGAAAUGAUUGAGGGGAUGAAAAAAGCCAUUGAGAGAAACAAUAAAGGUGGUUCAGGGAGCGGCGGUGGUGAAGGAGACCCAGACAAGCCAAGAAAACCAAAAAAGCCUGAUGAUUCUUCGGAUGAUGACGACGAUAAAAAAGGAGACGGAAAUAACAACGAUGAUGACAAUAAACGUCCUCCGAGAAAGAAAAAACAAUCUGAACAGAAUAAUCAGCAAAUGUUAUUGAUAGCGAUAGCGGUGAUUGUAGUGCUUUUCUUGCUAAUGAACCAAAAAGACCCUGACCGACCACGCUAUAGAGACUAUGACGAAUAUGCUUACUAA